AUCAUCUCAAUCUAAUGCCUUGCAAGAAUUUGAUGCAUGCAUACUUUGUGAACCAUAAACUUGGUUUGAAUGAUGUAUGGAGAGUGGAUGUUGAUUGGCCUUAUCACACAAACCCCCUCUUAAUGUACUACAGUGUAGAUAUCUUAUACGUGCACACUUGGCCAACAAUAAACCAACAACUUGCAAUAGGAUGUGUGAUGAGCUGUUUGGAUCAGUAAGAUCUCUAAUUUCCUUUAAGACACUGAUACACCAACAAUUAAACCACUCAUCUGAGAUCAGGGGAAACUCUACUUGUCCUGCACGUCAUUCCUGUCGUCCCCCCACCCCAUCACCCACUUACAUUUGCACAUCAAUAAAUAUCUGACCCAAUGAAGGAUGCCUGAAAGCCAGUGAGAUUCAGAAUCUCGAUUGUAUCCCGGACAUCUAAAGUAAUAAAGAGGAGAGGAAAGAUUGGAGCAGCUAGGGCAGACAGGUGGACAAGAUAACGGGAACAAUUGGGCAGGUGAGUGUCUAUGAAUGCACUGACCUUUGACCUGGUUGUGAUCAUCUCCUGGAUGAAUAUCCUUCAUGCAGUAACCUCGGCCAAGCGGGAAACUGCUCCGCAGAUCAGGAAGUUGAAAUCCUCAUGUGGCGGAGGGUCUGAUUGCCCGGUCAGCUUCCCCAAGGCUGAGCUGAAGAAACGCCUCACCCCCAUUGAGUACCAUGUGACUCAGGAGCGAGGAACUGAAAAGGCGUUUUCUGGUAAAUAUGUAAGCAACAAAGAAGAAGGGGUGUACACAUGUGUGGUGUGUGGAAAUCAGCUGUUCUCUUCAGACACAAAGUACGACUCCAAGUCUGGCUGGCCCGCCUUCUAUGACGUCGUCAGUAAAAAGCACAUCACUGUCAAAGAUGACAUGUCUCAUGGAAUUGCACGGGUUGAGGCCAAGUGCGCUGACUGUAACUCGCACAUAGGUCAUGUAUUUGACGACGGCCCGAAGCCCACUGGGCUGAGAUUCUGUGUCAACUCAGCCUCCUUAGACUUCAAGAAACAGACCACUGUGUGACAGUUUGGGGUGGAUUUUAGGAUAAAAAGGUCAUUGCUGCUAGCUGAAGUACUGUCAGGAAAUCAGGGGGAAGGACUUGGCUCGUGGGUCGCAGAAGCCCUCCAUCAUCUUUAUUCUCUUUUUUCAAUGUCUUGGUUUUCUCUAAAAUUUCUCUCUUUUUUUCUAUUUUUUUUUCAAAAUAUAUUGAAAAUUUUGAUUUUAAGCUUUAAUUAAUAAUUAUUUGUCCACAAGUUGAUAGUAUAUUUUGUUACAUCAAAUUGUAAAUAUAUAUUCGAUGAAUUAUUAAUGACCUAGCUUUUUCUUCAUGGUGCUAUUUUUGUCAAAUGUGAUGAACAUGGAGUUGUCUCUCUUUAAAUGUAAUAAAAUGAUAUUCUUCCAAAAUCCUGAUCUGCUAAGCGUAUUGUGCCAUUUGCCAACAGAAGGAAAAUACUAUUUUAUAUUUUGAUGUAUUUUCAUUAUCAAAGCAGUUUUAUGGAUAUUUAUACAGAAAAUGAAACUUACACAACAGUAAAGGCAAUCAGAAUUGUAGCAUGUUGUUUUCUCAUUUUAUACUUGGGUAACUGUCUCUCAUUUUGACCAUUUUGGAAUUUACACUUGCAGUGCAAUCUAGAACAUGAAUAUUAUAUGUUCAUCAAUGAUCAAUACUAACUCUUAUUUUUGUGUGGAAAAUUUUGAUGAUUUUUCUGCUUUAACAUUUGAGUUUAUGGAUCUCGUUUUUAAACACAGUUCAUACUUGUACAGUUUUGUACUUAAAAGUCAUUAAGGUUAUCAUAUAGGAACUUUUUUUAAAAGUUAUUUGUAGCAUUUUUUUAAGCAUAUUGUAUGGAAUUUUUUUUGAAUUAAUAUCAAAUGCAUGUUGACUUUGAUUACUAAUCACUAAAAUCUGUUUGUUAAGUCUAUGUUAAAUCCAUAGUUUGUGACAUUGUGUGUGCUAUUAUAUCUCCGUAUUGUAAUGAAGAUAAAUCAUCUGUGUUUGGAAUUAAUGAAUCAGUGCUGUUUAUUUCUAUACUCUCUGCUUUUUUACUAUGUCUUAUUUUUUAUCAUGUUGUAUGGGCGCUUUCUGAUUUGUUAUUAUGUCAUGUUUUUGUCCUAUGUUGUAUGGGCGCUUUCUGAUUUGUUACUAUGUCAUGUUUUUGUCCUGCGUUGUACAGGGCAUCAGAUUUGGCUUGUGUUGGCCAUGGACAUCUUUGUUUUGUGUUUUCUUGCCAUCAUUGUUAUCAUUGCUAUUCAUGUUGUGGGAUUAGAAAAUGAUAUGGUAAAGUGGUAAAGAUGUAGAGUAUUUUUUUUUUCGAUGGGGGUUUGUGUUUUAUAUUAUAGAAUGUUGUGGAAGACUGUUGGACUUGUUAUUGGUAUUCUAGUAAGAAAUGUUUUCUCGUUUUCUUUUUAACAAUUAGCUCUACGUGUAUUUGGAUUGUUGGUGUUGGUGUUGGGUGAUCUUUCAUUGAAUCAGAAGGGACAAUUAUUCAAAGCAAUCUCUCUCUCUCUCUCUCUCUCUCUCUCUCUCUCUCUCUCUCUCUCCAUGAAAGUCCAAAAUAAUUUUAAAAGUUGUUUGAUUAAAUACUACAUGUAAUUGUUUGAAGGGAGUAUCUUACUGUUUGUUAUGAUAUAAAAUCACUUAGUUGUAGCAGGAAAUGUCUGAUCCAUCAUGGCUGGUGUUUGUUAUGUUUUGUAGCCCUGGUGUAGCUUUAUCAAUGUAUUUUAUUUACCACCAAUCUUAAGCUUUAUCACAAUCACUCCCUCCCCCAGGAAGGGGUCAAUCAGGAAUGCCAACUCUCUAAGUGACAUUUUACAUAUCUUGGAUGCCACAUCCAAAGUCAUGCUCCUCUACAAACUGUGUUACUGAACUCCUGACCAACUGACGUUUGGAUUUAAGUUGAGUUUUGGUGUUUUUUUUCUCCUUUUAAAACCAGGCAUUGGUAUAUAAGAGGAGAAGGAAAUGGUUUUUAUUUUAUCAAUGAGCUUUUUUAAAGUUUUAAUUAAAAGCUUACUUUUUUGUAAUGAUAGACUCUUGUUAUGUUCAUUUUAGAAAAUAAAUGCAAUGUUAGGAUUUUAUUUCUUAAUAUAAUCAGGAUUUGUGUUUGUACCUACAUGUACACGCUGUAGGUAUAUUUUUGAAUAAAUAUAGAUACCUUAUUUAUACUAGUGUAGGGAUAUUUUGAUAUACAUGUAUUGAUAGCAAGUUUUAUGUAUCUACAUGUUUGUAGCUGUGAUAUAUAUAUAGUUGUUUGGGUUUUUUAGAUAAUUUAUUUGUUGUUAUUAGUAUUUAAUUAAAUCUUGAGAUUUUGAAAAAAAAAUUUAAUUUAUGAAUCUCUUUUCUCUUACGUAUUCAGUAUGUCAUGUUCAACUCUAAAUUACACAUUUUGAAGCCAGUUAGAAAUACUGUACAGUGCUCUACAAAAAGUUCAGUUUUAGAUCUCUUGAUGUGACGUUUUUCAUUAUCUGUAUGAACAAAGGUUGCUAGUUUUAUGGAUGACUUCCAAAUUUGUAACCCCACCCGUAUUUUUAACACUUACUCGUUACCUCUGAAGGGUGUGUCUUUUUCAAAUAUCAUCGGCAAUAACAACAUUUUGUUUCUCGUAGUAAUAAAUUGCUUGUUAUUUUUCAA